AUGGGGCAUCUUUGGCAGUCUCUUUCUGAGCACCUUCGGGGGCUGAGUCGGAAAAUCAUUUCACUUUCAUCGUCAAUUGUGGAUCAUGUCACGCUAAAACGACUACACGAAGAUGAGAAUUCUGACAACGAGGAGGAGGAGGAUGAUGAUGAUGAUGACUUGGAUUCUCUCGACAUAGAUCCAUUCGAAGCAGUAUUGGAAAGGGUGAAAGUGAAGCACAUUGGUAAAUAUGUGGCAGCGAUUCGAGCAAAGACUCAACCGAAUGGCAAAAAAAGCAUUCCCGUCAGCGAGGUUGAGUCUCCUACUCGCUGUGGGGAACACGUUUGCUAUAGGGUUAAGUUUGCUGAUGGGGUUAGCUGGCUCCUCAAAGUUCCAAUUAUCGGAACCCCUGAUCAAUUUGACGAAGAUGACGGCGAGGCCCUUCGCUCAGAAGCAUUGACAAUGAUCAUGCUGCGGCGUGAGACAACGAUCCCAAUUUCCGAGGUCUUUUCAUACGACAAUACAUGCAAAAACAAGCUCAAAGUUCCUUUCAUUCUCCUGGAGUUCAUAGACGCUCUACCUUUGGUUGACGUUUGGCAUGACCGGGAAUCCCCAAAAGAAGUUGUACAGGCUAGGCGCACACGCUGUUUGCAGGAUAUUGCUGCUGCAUAUAUCCAGCUUGGUAAAUACACAUUCAACGAAGAAACAUUCUUGAGAUUUGACGAUCAAGACUGCCUGAUAGGUGUUGUGCCUGUACGCAAGGAUCUAUUCUCUGGCCUUAGAGGGGCCUGUACUUCCUAUCUGGACCUACGGGAGGAAAAGAGUAAGAAGUAUGAAAGGGGGCUUCUAAAGCUUCUUCGAAUGUUUGUCGACUGGACUCCAAAGUCAAGUGGUGGGGAAUCAUUUGUUUUGAGUCAUCCAAACCCCGGUAUCUUCAGUUUCCUUCUUUCAAAGGACGGUUCCGUGCGAGCAAUCCUCGACUGGCACGGCGCGUCUGCUAAACCGCCAAGCAUAGGGAAUGAGACAUACCCACUAUGGCUGAUGCGCGACUGGGCUGGGGCCUUAUAUAGGUGGAGUGAAGAGAUGGAACAGGGAAUCAAGGACGAGAGUUGUAUGUGGGAAGACUCACCGGAUACGUUGAUGUUCUAUCGAGAGAUCUAUGCGCAAUGUAUCGCAAAUCUGCGACCAGAAAGCGAGAACGCCAAAUUGACCCGUAAUUCCCUUCUCUUCGAACAUUUGGCGAUGGCAAUGGAAGACUCAAUUUUUGGAUUCAGCAUUGCUUUAAAGAUCCUUAACGAAAUUAGGAAGCAAGUGAAGAAGAGCGUGGAUGAUAACGACCAACCUGCUUCAGUCAACCCAUCCAACAACAAUACGGACGACAAUGACAGCAAAAAUCAGAGUUCUGCCAAAGGCAAGGAUGCGAUGGGCGACCACAAUUCACCGAACAAGACCGAGGUCAAAGAGGAACAUGAUGAUGCUGAACCAGACAUUGACAGAGAAGAUGAAGAAGAAGAAGAAGAAUUUGAUGCCGUUCAGUUCCUCGACGAUUUGGACGACGAUGGUAUGAGUGAGGACCAAGAAAAGAUUUUCAAGGCGGGAUUUGAGGCUUUAUUCAUUAGUUAA